AUGGCCCGCUCAAAGUUCAAGGAUGAGCAUCCUUUCGACAAGAGGAAGCAAGAAGCCGAGAGGAUCAGGAACAAGUACAACGAUCGUAUUCCCGUCAUCUGCGAGAAGGUGGAAAAGUCGGACAUCUCGGAUAUUGACAAGAAGAAGUACCUCGUCCCUGCUGACCUGACCGUCGGCCAAUUCGUAUACGUCAUCCGUAAACGAAUCAAGCUCGCCCCGGAAAAGGCGAUCUUCAUCUUUGUGGACGAGAUCUUGCCCCCAACGGCGGCAUUGAUGAGCACGAUCUACGAGGAGCACAAGGAUGAAGAUGGGUUCCUUUACGUUAGCUACAGUGGAGAGAACACGUUCGGCAAGGGACUCCGGGUCGUCCUGGACGAUGCAUAA